AUGUGGGUGUAUCUCUUGCGUUUCGGUGCAUCGACAUACUUCGAUGACAGGCGGUCGAUCUUUGACACUCAUAAAUAUCCUUGUAGAGAUCAGUUGUUCAACGUUGCGAUAAUAAUUGGCGGCAUUUUGUCGGAAGCCUCUGUUUCCCUUCUCUUUUACCAUAGACUACAUAUUCCACGGUGCAGCCUGGCCCUCUUUUCGCUUGCCGUUCAGUACAAUAUGUCAGAAUCGGUCAGAUAUGUCAAUGCUAAGCGACGAGAGCAAGCGGCAUUAUUCGGAAAACAUCAACCACCCAAGAAACGACGGAAAUCGAGGACGGCUUUCACCAAUCAACAAAUCUACGAGUUGGAAAAACGCUUCCUUUACCAGAAGUACCUAACGCCGGCUGACAGAGAUGAGAUCGCCCUCAGCCUUGGACUAACCAACGCUCAGGUGAUCACCUGGUUUCAGAACCGACGGGCCAAAUUGAAACGUGACCUGGAAGAAAUGAAGAAUGACGUUGAACACGCCAAAGUAGUCACGCCUCAGCUCAACAAUUUGUUGGUUAAGACACUUGUAAAGAAAUCGCUCGAAUGUGACAGUUUGUCACAGCAGCCGAUAAUUGAAGAUGAAGAAGAAAGUCAUAGUAAGGACAACAGCGUCACAUCAUAA